AUGGGUCAUUCGUCGGAAUUACUAGAGUCAUUACUUUUGAAAGUAAUAGCUGGCAUGGGAGGCCUGGAGGUUAGGGCUGAUUUUGCGGAUGUUGGUGAUUUUUUAUUAGAAUUUACUGGACUAUACCAAAUGGAUGAUUCUUGGGUUUAUGUUAAUAGGCCAGGAGAAUUAUGUAACGAGGGUACUCUGGAAGAUUAUGGUUUCCAGAAGGAGGGGGUAAUGUUUUUAUCGUUAUAUAUGAAUAUAUUCGUAGUCAUGUUAGAUGGAAAAACAAUUCCUUUUAGAGUAUCUGAAUGUGACACUGUUAAAAGUGUUAAACAAAAGAUUCAUGAUCGUGAAGGAAUCCCUGUUCAUGAACAAAGGCUUGCUUACACAACCAAAGAACUAGUAGACAAUGAAAAGAAGCUGGCAGACUAUAAUGUUCAGGAUAAUGGUACUAUGUAUUUGGCUUUGAGAUUAAGUGGCGGAUGUUGA